CAACGCCGGCACCUUCAGAAGCUGCUGUCCACGGGUUUGAAACCGCUGGAAAACAAUUCCUGUCUGCCAUGUAUCACCUAAAACUACCCUCCCAGAUCCUGAUCUUCCUUGUGAUGCUGCAAUGUGUCGCCACAGUCCCUUACAACAGGUACUCCCUUUCAUCCAAUGAAAAGCCGGAUGACUUGCAAGAGGUCGAUGGAUGGCUGGUUUCAGAUCUAUCUGACAAUCCAUUCUUGAGUUUUACAAGGCCACGGCCUCCAAGAGGCCUCAAUGCAGUGAACAGUCAUCACAUGGAAAAACGGAAGUGUAACACAGCCACCUGCGUGACUCAGAGAUUAGCAGACUUUCUCAUCCGAUCCAGCAACACCAUCGGCACCGUUUACGCGCCAACCAACGUAGGAGCCAACACUUAUGGGAAGAGAGACUUGCUGCAGUCGCCCAUUUAUCUUCCCCUUUAGUUCAAAUGCAAACACAAUGGAAAAUACAAUUGAAUAAAUGUAACAUGUAUAAUAAUGAUGGAAAAUAUUCUGUUUGUAUGUUAUCAUUUUUUUAAUUUUGUUCCCAGUAUACAUAAAAGCCAGUGCCUUUUGGUGUAAACAACCGUUUGCAGCAUUUUCAGUUUCGGGUAAACCUUGCAUGUCAAUAAGGUCGUAUAGUGUUUUCCAACAUGUUAUUAUGAUGGCAUAUGAAUAAAAUGUAUUAUAAAAAGGACUUGAAUAGCAAAGAAGAACUAACGUUUUGUUUAGAUUUUUUUUUUCUAAUA